CUUUGGCACCCUGGCAACACUGUUUAAUGCAUUGGUCACUGUGCAAUAUGUGAACGAUUCGAAAAUUAGCAAAUAUAAUGGACGACUCCCGCCCAUUCCUGCGCAACGCCUUCCAGGUGUCGAUGAUCCCUUCCGACCUGCACCAUGAGGAGACAAUAAUCAGAGCAGCCCAGUCCCUGGACUGUCUACACAAAACGAUAAAUUCGAUUUUCGAGCGGAUCGAUGCCCGCUUGGCCAGGAAUGGUGCAAAGGUUGAGGACAUAAACAGUCGUGUGAAGCGCGCCCAGGCGAAAAUCGAUGCUCUCGUCGGCUCGAAACGGGCCAUUCAGAUCUUCGCACCCGCCCGCUUCCCGGCCAGCGACGUCCUGACUCCAUUGCCCGCCACCUUCACGCAGGUGGCCAGAUCGCUGAUGGAGACGGAGGAGCCCCGCCAGCAGCAGCAGCCGGAGUACAGCCGGCGCUUCAACAGCGGUGCUGGUGCCUCCGAAGAGCAGAAGCCCGAUGAGGAACCCGUCUUCUUUCAUGUGCGGGCCGAGCAGGAGCACGAGGCGCCGCUGGUCGCUGAGCGGAAGCUGACCAAUCGUACUUCCGGACUGGGAGCCCUGCCAAAAGACGGAGUACGAUCAGUAACAUCUCUGAUGCGUUUUAACACCGACGAGUUUGCGUUUGGAGAAGAUCUGAAUGACUGGAAACGAUCAGUGCCUCCGCAGAGUGCUAAACGGGCAGCCAACAACCUGGCGAGAACCUCGGAUGAAAAUCUCCUGGCUCCAGCCCCCCACUCCCUGGCCCAUGGCGCCACCAAGUUAGCCACCCCUGCCGGGGACUUACGCUACAACCCCGCUGCUGAAGCUGCGCCCGCCAUCGAAGUGCCGCUGGACCUACCUGAUCUUCCCGGCAUCGCCAAUGAUUUGCAUUAUCAGCCGGUAGAGGAGAAAAUUCGCAUUGCACCGUCCUAUCAAUACGGGGAUCUGCCUGACUUGUCUAGGCUGGAGGUGGAAGAGCAGGAGAUCACGGUGCAGGCCAUCGCAGCCCAAACUCACAUUCCGGGGCCGACAAGAAAGAAUAGUGUUGGAGUCACACCCCCUUCAGCACUACCGCCACCUCCUCCUCCACCACCGCCACCACCACCGCCUCCACUACAGACCAAAAAACCACCGUCACCCCCACCUUUUCCAACCAAGGGAGCCGUCAAACCGCUUUCCCCAUCUCCCAUGACGCCACUAAGGAUGCCAGCACCCCCUCCCACUACAGUAGAUCCGCGCUCGGAGCUUAUGGCUGCCAUCCGAAAUGCAGGAGGAGUAGGUGGUGGACGUCUUCGGUCACCAGCAGCAGCUCCACUUGAUGCAGUUGACUCGAAGCGAUCCAAAGCAGGAGAAACUGCCUCGGGAGAUCUUAUGGCCGAUUUGCACAAUAAACUCAUGCUGCGACGAAAGGGAAUUUCUGGGAGCCAAAAUCCUGGGGAGUCCACGUCUGGAAAUCCGCUGUUGCAACAGCUCUCGCGGGUUAUACCCCCUCCGGUGCAGCCACGCAAGGGAUCUCAAUCAAGCGAAGAGCAGCGCUCUGACGACGACGACGUGUGGAACUAAUGGACAAACUGGGAAAAUCGUCUUUUAACUCUUACACUAUUACUAUCUAGCUUUAUCACCAGUUAAGUGCCUUUGGUGGCUUUAAGCACUAGAUGCAAUAACAAUCUCUAGAUAGAAUUCUAAAUUCUGUGCUCAAGCGCAUGCCAAAUUAGCAAAGUCUUAUAAUCAGUUGAAUAAAUUAAUCAACCAAAA